AUGCACCUCUUGAGAGAUCAAGAUACUGGAACUCCUACUAUGGCGAAUUCAAAGAAGAAGGUGUUCUUGGGGACUUUUGUGUCUAGCAAGAGUCCAAAGGAACUUGACUAUUACCAUGAUACUCUCGUCUGUGUUGAUGAGGAGGGGAAGAUUGUCAAGGUUGACCAUGAGGGCGGUGACGCAGAGCGAAUCGGUGAGAGAUUAUCAGAGACUCUAGGUUGGAAGUUGAAUGAGGUGGAUGUUCAUGUCGCUAAGCCUGGAGAGUUCUUCUUCCCUGGUUUUGUCGAUUCUCACGUUCAUGCAUCUCAGUACCCAAAUGUCGGCAUCUUUGGAAAGACGACACUUCUAGAUUGGCUGGAAAAGUACACAUUUCCCCUUGAGUCUAGUCUCAAAGACCUGAACAAGGCGCGUCGAGUAUAUGGCUCAUGUGUACGACGAACAUUAUCUCACGGAACAACAACAGCGGCUUACUAUGCAACCAUCGACGUAGCGGCUACAAACCUCCUUGCGGAUCUUUGUUUGGAAAUUGGACAAAGAGCGCUGGUGGGCCGUGUGUGUAUGGAUAACCCUGACUUUUGUCCUGACUACUAUCGCGAUGAGAGCGUGGAAGAAGGUUUAGAAAAGACACGACAGACGAUUCAGCACAUGAAGAAGAUCGAUCCAGAGUUCAAGCUAGUUUCGCCGGUUUUGACACCGCGUUUUGCACCGACUUGCUCGACCGAGUCAAUGAAGGGACUUGCCAAGAUUCAGAAGGAAAUGGAUCUUCCUGUUCAGACACACGUUUCUGAAAACGAGGGAGAGAUCGAUCUGGUUGCGGAGCUGUUUCCUGAGUCAGAGUCGUAUACGCAUGUCUACGAUGACUGCGGCCUUUUGACUUCCAAGACCAUUCUGGCGCAUGCUGUGCAUUUGACGGAGGAAGAAGCGAAGUUGAUAGCGCAGCGCGGAAGCAAGAUUUCACAUUGCCCUUGCAGUAACAGCUCUCUCACGAGUGGUUCUGCUCGAGUACGCUGGCUUUGGGAUAAGGGUAUCACAGUUGGUCUCGGCACAGACAUGAGCGGUGGUUACAGCCCUUCCGUUCUCGAAGCAGCACGUCAAGCAGCGCUCGUCAGCCGUCACAUCGCGAUGGGAUUGAAAGAAGACAAGGAACGAAGCAAGUUGACGGUAGAAGAAGUUCUGUAUCUUGCAACUCGAGGUGGAGCGGACGUCGUCGGUCUUGGGGACAGAGUUGGCGGGUUCGAAGAGGGGAUGGAGUUUGAUGCGCAGUUGAUUCGUCUUGGAGGUGUUGAUAUGGAUGGUUUGGCGGAAGAGGAUGGGAAUGUGAAUAUCUUUGGGUGGGAGACUUGGGAGGAGAAGAUUGCCAAGUGGUUGUUUAAUGGAGAUGAUCGGAAUGUGAAGAGGGUUUGGGUUAGAGGAAGGAUGGUCCAUGCGAGGAAGUAA